AAAUGCACCCGGCAAGAUGACGAACUCGGCGAUGGGGUCGCUGAGGCAUAUCCCACUAAUAUUCAUAAUUUUAUGUUGUUUUAUAGCCAAAUGCUAUUCAGAUGGUAUCCUGGGAUGUGGUGGAUUCGUCAGAAGCUCUGUUGACAUUGAAUAUUCCAAGGUUCAGGUGAAAUUAUACACAAAACAAGGUAGCCUGAAGUAUCAGACAGAUUGCGCACCCAAUAAUGGGUACUACUUCAUGCCCAUCUAUGAUAAGGGUGACUACGUCAUCAAGCUGGCACCUCCCGAUGGCUGGAGUUUUGAGCCAUCAGAGGUGGCCCUCAGCGUGGACGGCGAGACAGACAUGUGCUCUCAGGGACAGGAUGUUGACUUCACCUUCCAAGGGUUUGGAGUCACAGGACAGGUCAUCAGCCUGGGCUCCACCGAGGGUCCGGCCGGAGUCACUGUGACCCUGACCUCGACCUCGGACCGGGACCGGCUCAAGACGCAGGUCACCACCGGACCGGCCGGACGGUUCACCUUCAGUCCCGUGCCGGCUGGCGAUUACGAGGUGACGGCCAGCCACCCUGCCUGGAAGCUGGCGCGCCACCGGACCCAGGUCUCCGUGAGAGGUGACAAUGGAGACGUGGGGACGCAGCUGGCCGUGGCCGGGUUCGACGUCUCCGGAAAGGUUGUGAGUGGCUCCGAGCCGGUGUCUGACGUCACGUUCGUGCUGCACGGCCGGCGGACGGAGGCGGCGCCCCUGACGGGCUGUGAGGUCUCGCCUGCAGCGGGCUACACGGCCCGGUCGGGCCUGCCGCCGGCGCUCUGCAGGGUGGUGUCGGACGCUCAGGGACGCUUCGUCUUCCCCGUGGUGCCGAGCGGAGAGUACGUGGUGGUGCCGUUCUACGCCGGCGCUCGAACUCGGUUCGACGUGCGUCCUACCGAGGUCGAGGUCCGCGUGGCGCAGGACAGUGCUGCCAUCGGCGAACCGUUCCAGGUGGCGGGGUACACCAUCAGCGGACGGGUGCUGACAUCUGUCGCCGGAGGGAAGAAGGUCGGACUAGGUGGCGCCACCGUACGGCUGGACUCCCGCAGCGUGGUGACUGAAAAGGACGGGUCGUACACGAUCGAGGGCGCCAACAGCGGACAGUUCCGGCUCUCCGCCGAGGCCGAGUCCGUCCAGUUUGAGAGCCGCACGGUGACGGUCAGCCCGUCGGCGCCCCAGCUGCCCGACCUCGUGGCCGCCGCGUUCCAGGUCUGCGGCAAGGUGGAUCUCUCCAAUCUGCCCGACGGCGUCUCCGCCGGACCCAGGUCUGUGGAGUUUAAGGUGGCCGGCUCAGAGACGGCGUACACGGCUGUGACGGCUGCGGACGGCGCGUUCUGCACCUUCCUCCGUCCAGCCACCUACCGACUUAGAGUGGUCGUCUCCGAGGACGAGAGGAAACGGGGACUCAGUUUCGGCUCUGCGCAGCAGGAGCUGGCCGUGUCGGCGCCCGUCUCGGGGGUCGCCUUCUCGCCGUUCCGGGCGCGUGUCUCUGGCACCGUGCGCUGCCUGGAGUCGUGCGCCGGCCUCCAGCUGACGCUCAGUGCCGAGGGACUGCUGCCGCGCGCCGCCACCGCCGUCGCCGACGGACGGUUCGCCUUCGACGGCGUCCUGCCUGGACAGUAUGAAGUCACCGUCACCAAGGACGAGUGGUGCUGGGCGGCCUCCUCGGUGCCGGUGACGGUAUCCGCCGCGGACGUCACGGGCCUCCAGCUGAUCCAGUCCGGCUACCGUCUCACACUCAUCACCUCUCACUCCACCGAGAUACUGUUCCGACUGGCCUCAGCCGGCUCCACCGCGCCGGCCGCGGACUAUGCCACACUGACCGCCGGGUCCAACACGCUCUGCGUGCCUGCCGCCGGCGUGUACCAGGUGGAGCCGCGCGGCUGCCACCAGUUUCAGGAGCCGGCCCUGCGCGCCGACACGACCUCGGCCGCUCCGCUCGAGCUGCGCGCCGUCACCCACCGCGUCUCCGGCUCUGUGAGCUGCCGGGAGGCCACUAAAGACGUCCGCGUGCGGCUCACCGUGGAGACUGAGGUGACGGAGCUGGAGACUCGAGCUGAGGACGGCGGGAAGGUGCACCGGUUCUCCGUGCAGGCCCGGCCCGGGCAGGUGAUGACCUUCCAGCCGCAGUCGGAUACGAUGCUGUUCACGCCGACGUACCGUCAGCUGACGGCGGGGGAGGACUGCGCGGACGAGGCGGUCACCUUCCAGGCCAGGAAAGGAACGUUCAUCAGCGGUCGCAUCUCGCCGUCGCUGGCCGGCGCGCGGAUCACCGUCUCUGCCGCCGACAUGGAGCCCGUCACUGCCAUCACCGACGACAAAGGCGCCUAUCAGAUCGGUCCGUUAGUUCCGGACCGCCAGUACGAGGUCGACGCCGAAAAGGAGGGUUACGUGCUGACCAAGACUGAUGGCAAGCCGGGCCACUUUGAGGCGCGGAAGCUGGCCGAGCUGCGACUGCGUGUGACGGACGAGGCGGGCCGGCCGCUGCCCGGCGUGCUGCUCUCCGUGUCGGGAGGGAAGGACUACCGCAGGAACAGCCUCACAGACGAGGACGGUCGUCAGGUGUUCCUGUCGCUCAGUCCCGGACAGUACUUCAUCCGGCCCAUGAUGAAGGAGUACGAGUUCACGCCCGCCUCCAAGAUGGCCGAGAUUGCCGAGGGAGCUACGCUAGAGGUCACCGUCAGUGGCCGGCGCGUGGCUUACAGCCUGGUGGGCCGUGUCACCACACUGACCGGUGAUCCGGAGCCCGGUGUGGUGGUGGAGGCGGUGGCUGGUCCCCAGUGUGACCACCAUCAGGAGGAGGCCACCAGCGAGCCGACCGGCGCGCUCCGCAUCCGCGGACUCCGGCCCCAGUGUGAAUACACGGUCCGAAUGAAGACUGGUACGGACACAAACACGCAGUUCUCCCGCGGUAUUCCAGACUCGCAGACGGUUCGGGUGGCGGACGGUGACGUAUCCGGGUUCCGUCUGGUGGCGUUCCGUCGUCUGGGCGAGAUGGACGUCACGGUACGCGUGGUGUCCGCUCCGCAGCACCUCUCCUCUCUGCGGCUGGUGGUGAGCGCGGCCGGCUCCGAGGCGCCGCUGAUCUCCCAGCCGGUGGCCGGCUCGCCGCUGGUCGUGCUGCCGGCGCCGCUGGCCCGCGACGGCCGCCAGUACGUGGCGCGACUAGAGAGCUCGCUGAGCGCGGCGACUCACACAGUGCGCUCCGCCGAGGUGGCCUUCACGGCGGACGCGGCCGCGCGACACAUCGAGCUGCAGUUCUCUGCCGAGCGGCGACCCGUGGACGCCGAGCUGGGCGCCGGGCCCGUGCUCGGCCUGCCGCUCACGCUGCUGGCCGUCCUGCUGGCCGUCAACCAGCGCAAGUGUCUGGAGAUGGGGAAGAAGCUGUGGGCCAAGUACCAGGCUCGUGCUGGGGCCGGGGCCGCGCGCCGGGAGUCGGGCGGCGCGGCGGCCGGUGACGGCGUCGGCGUCAUCGUCCGGCCCGUGACUGUGAAAGUGAAGGCGAGGAAGGUGUGAUAGAGAGCGAGAAAGAGCGAGAGAGGAGAGAAAGGGAGGGAGUAGAGCGAACGAUUCGUACGGGACGUGUGCGAUGUGCAAUCCGUAUAUCCGUGAGCAUUAUGUUUAUGUUGUGGUGUGAGAAAAGUCCUUAGAAUGAUGGUGAUCAGCAUUUUGGUUCAUAUCACGUAAUUCAGGGGAUAGAUGUUGUUCGAAUGUAUGUUCCGAGAAAAGCCGUGGCCUGUUAUUAUGGUCCUGUCCCACUCCCUUUGUAUCCUUAUGAACGGCUCUUGCUAAGGCGAUUAAGUCAGUGUUUCAGGAGCAGCGUCAAGUGAACGACUUUUACUGUGCCUUGGUUGAAAUGGUGUAUUGAUUUAUCGUUACAAAUAAUAACUAUCCGAUUCGA